AUGGCCGCUGUAUCGACAAGAGGCGGUGCUGAUGCGACCAUCACCCGCGUUACGAAGGAGGGGAGGAAACUCACAUACUGCCUGACGGUCAUUCAGCAACCUGAGCGGGCCAGAGCAUGUGGUUCAGGAGCAAAGUCCUCUGCUGACCGACGACCCGUCGAUCCACCACCUGUGGUCGAGCUCCGCAUCUUUGAAGGAGAGGGCGCUGAGAAGACUGAUGUUACCUUUGGCUACAAUGCCAACUUUUUCCUCUUUGCGACGCUGGAACUGGCCCGGCCUAUCGCUCACGGACGUAUGCAGCCUCAACCAGCCCAGCUUCCAGUUUUGACAGGAAUGCCCGUUUCGGGAAUGGCCUAUCUGGAUCGGCCCACCGAGGCAGGAUAUUUCAUCUUUCCAGAUCUCUCUGUUCGCCAUGAGGGCAAGUACAAGCUAAGCUUCAAUCUCUACGAGGAGACCAAGGAGGCAAAGGAUGCCGAUGCCGAACCAACGAAUGAUCAACACAAGCCGAAGCUUCCGGGUGGUGCUAAUGCUCCAGAAUCUUCAUUUGAUUGGCGUCUCGAGGUGAAGUCAGCCGUCUUCACUGUGUUCAGUGCGAAGAAGUUCCCAGGACUGGCUGAGAGCACUGUUCUGAGCCGGACUGUGGCCGAGCAAGGUUGCCGAGUGAGGAUUCGCCGUGAUGUUAGAAUGAGGAGAAGAGAUGGCAAGGCCAAUGGAGAUUACGAGGAAGCCGUCGAGGAAGAAUACGUCCGAACUGGUCGUACUCCAAGCGUUCAAGACCCGUACAGGGAGCGAUCACGAUCGUUGAGCAAUGACAGUGCCGAGAGGCAGGCCUACCCCGAGAUCGAACGACGCAUGUCUGGGGACUAUUCAUCUCAACAGUACCAUCCAUCUGGCCAGUCUGGACCUCAAAGUUACCUGAGUUUUGGUGGAUCGUCUGGUAACCAGUACCAAGCACCUCCGCCUCAAUUCGCCCAACCCGCACCACCAGCACCGCCAUCCUACCAAUCCGCUCCCCCUCCUGCUCCUUACCACCACUCAGGUCCGCAAUACCGACAACCUGCUCCUCCACCUUCCCAUGGCCAGUAUGCGUUUGACAGACCACCGUAUGCGCAAUCAGCAUACCCACCAGCAACCCCUCCACGUGAGCGUGAGUAUGAGGAGGCAGAUUACAGGCGCACUUCAGCUUCUAGCUAUGCUAAUGCUCCUGCCACGACAACUUCUCCAUAUCCCGCCGUGGAUAGCAACUACAACCGCAACCCCUACCAAUCGUAUCCUCAACGCACUCACUCUCCUCCCAUGCAGAGUCCAGUCAACCUUGCUCCUCUGAAGAUGCCACUCAUGGAGCCCAAAUACGAAGGUCAGACAUCGCCUGCUGGACCUCUCUCCUCCGUUAGCCGCAUUGCCCCACCUCUCCCAAGCCCCGGUUAUGAUCGUUCACAGGAGCGUCCCGGAUCUUACGGCCAGUAUUCCAAUUCUCUCCCUCCUCCUUUGGAGGUAGCACGCAACGGCAAGCGUAGCUUCGAAACUGUCUUCCCUGGGUCGACAGCAAGCCAGAACCAACCACUAUUCAACGGCAUGCGUCCCGGCAGUUCCCACCCCAGCAACAGCCUGUUCGACGAUGACGAUGACACGAUAUCCUUCGACCAACUGAAAAUGCAGUACAAGUGUGCAGAUGGCAGCAGCUACUCUCGCGAGCUUCCCAUCCUGGAGUAG